AUGUUGUUUCCAGUACACCCUGGACCAGAGCCUCCUGGCGGGGACCCGCAGUGUGGCACCGCCACUUCCCAGGCCAAGGCCUCACUCAAGGCCUCCCGCAACCCCACAAGCGUCUAUAUGAACUUCCGGCGCUGGCAGCGUUACAAGGCCCUGGCGCAGAGGCACUGUCCACAAAGCCCUGAUGCUGAAGCUCUGUCCUGCUUCCUCAUCCCCGUGCUGCGGACUCUGGCCCAGAGGAAGCCCACCAUGCCGCUGGAGGAGGGCCUGCGGUUUGCCAUGCGGGAAUGGCAACACAAGAGCAACUGGGACCGCGCGAUCUUCUAUGAGAUGGCAGAAAAAUUCAUGGAGUUUGAGGAAGAGGAGAUGCAGACUCAGAAGCGGACAUGGAUGCAGGGGAAACUGUGCAAGCUACCCCCAGGCCCACUGCCGCUGGUUCCACAAGGGCCCCCAGCCACAGUGGCGGUCCAGCAGCCAGGGUGUGGCCCCAGGAAUGCCAGCUCCAAGGCCCUGCCUGCCUGUACGCUGCCACAAAGAUACUGGCAGCCUCAGGGCAAGGUGCCCAAGGGGAUGCCCACUGAGACUGUGAUGGAGGACGUGGACAUCAAGGAUACACCAAUGCGGCCUGAUGGACCCACUGAAGAGGACAGCUUCUGGAGUCCUAGGGAGGAGGGGGACUAUCCAGACCCAGAACUGCUGAGCUACGUGGAGAAGCUCAUCUCUCAGGAGGACUUCAUUGAUGAGGUGGAGGCCAUCAUUAAGCCCCGAUUCCUGGAAGAACUGCUUUCCCCAGAGCCACAGCUGGAUCUCGUGGCCCUAUUGAUGGAGCUGGAGCAGGAGGAAGGGGUGGUGCAGAAGGCAUUUUGGCCUGUGACUGGGAAUGGGGUUGCGCGGGUCACCCCCAGUCAGGCUGCACCUAUUCGGCACCCCAGUCCUGAAUCCACAGCCUGCCCAGGUGCAGACAGGCAUGACCAAGGCCCACAAAGACGCGUCAGUUCUGAGACCUGCCAACAAAGGGCAUCGUCUCAGGAACCGCGGAGACACGUGGUCCCACCCAAGAACCUCUCCAGACCUACCACUGCUGCUUCCUUCUCGGGGCAUCGGGAGUGCCUUUCACUAGGGACCACUAGGCCCACUUCUAUCCCACCAAGAAACAAGCCUGCCCCAAGAGGGCCAAAGGCUGCUUGGGGAUUCACAGUCGAAUCCUCUACUGAUGGCACCAGACCAGCAGUGGGCACGGCCAUGGAAAAGGAUGAGGAGCUGCCCAGCCUGGACUUCUUCCUCAAUUCCCAGCGUCACCUGCUGCCUCUGGGACCACAGCAGCUCCAGAGAGUUCCCGAGUCCCUCCGCUACCAGGGAAGAGGCCAGACUUGUGCUGCCAGCACCACGGCCAAGUCGAAGAAGCGAGGUUUGCGGGGAAGCCCAGGCCCUGCCCCAAAGAAGACCUGCUCAGGGCCUGGACGCAGAGCCACUGAGGGGCAGGCCCUGGCUCUGGGGUUUGUGGCACAAGCCCAGGCUCAGAAGAGAACCCACGGCCCCUUGGUCACCAGGAAGAGGAAGAAGCAGCAUCGAGGCCAGGAGGGCAGGCGGGCUCUCGGGAGCCGGCCCAUACGUGCAGCCUGA